GAGAAAACAAGUAGCGAGCACAAAUAAAUCGAACGGUUUAUACGAACUCGUGCUAAAAUAUUGGAGUUUGAUGGUCAACAGCCCUGAACUGCCAGGUCAUUUGGCGGUCUGUUUCAAUGUGCCUGGUGUUUGAAGUGGCCACAAAGUCCCUUUAUCUAUAGUGGUUUAUUCGAUAAUUAUCUAUCGUGUCUCAUUAUGUAGGUGCAUCUUGUCUUAUACAGUGUAUUGCCUGACCAUUUUCCUUGCUGAAAAUUCCAGUGGACUUCCAAGCUGGUUUAGUGUAAUACGUAGUAGAAGGCUAUACUUCUUUGCUUACAGUACUCCAAUGUUCAAGAAUUUUACUUCUAGUACUAUCAUACGCAACCUACGAUAAGACAACGUAGAAGCAUUGUCAAGUCAAAUGACUAAGAGAUAAGAGUUAGACUUUCGUAAACGCAUUCAGUUUUAUAUCUUUUGACCGCAAAGCUAUAAUUCAUGGUCGAGCCAAUCAGAAGCGUUUGAGGGAUUUCAAGGUCACGGCGCAAAUUUCAGAACCUGAUGCUCAUGUACGGUCGGUUCACAGUCUACUUCAACGUACUCCCAUAAGAAACUGCGACGCAAUGGGUAAGAAGAAAGGUUAUGGGAAAAGAAGUAGUAGUAGUAGCAGCAGCAGUUCUAGCAGUAGUUCUGGUGGCAGGUACAGGCCUGAACGAAUCGAGAAGCGACGUUUGAAAUACAGAAAAAAAAUGAUGAAAAAAAACCGUUGUAUUUGCGGAUAUUGCCCUCAUGGUGCUCUAGCCUGCGACCAAAACUUUAUGCAAAGAUAUCAGCAUGGGAUGACAGGAGGAUAUGGACCAGGUGGACAAACUAUUGGUGGUUGCAAACAACAUAACCCACUUUACCCUAAUACCAUGACACCACAAAAUCCGCCUGCACAGCCUUUCAACCCCAUGCAACAAGCUCCAAUGAUGCCACAACAACCUGCAGUCUGUCCUAACCCUGGCAUGUUUUCACAGUCAAAUGCAUUCUCUCAACCUGGCGGUUCUCACCAAACAGGUUAUUUUCCGCAGCCAGGAAUGCCACAGCAAAAUUAUGGCCCAGGCCAUUAUGGGAACCAGCCAUAUCCCCCUUAAUUUUCUAAAUCAUUGCAGUACACACAUAUCUGCUAUAACAAGAAAACCAACGAGAUAUUUGCUUGUAACUCUUCUAUUUAGAAACGUAAUUUAAUUUAUUUUAUACUUUUAGAAUUUGCUGUUAUUACUCUGUUAAGGAAAUAAAAGUACUAAAAAGACUAAACAAAUAGUCUUUUUUAAGUAAAUUUAUCAGUGUAUAUAUCACAGAGGUUACUGGUAUGAACAUUUUGCAUGUCAAAUCGGUGUAAUAUAAUCCGAAAUCCUGAUUUUAGGACUGGUACGUCUGGUGAGCUAAACUAAAUGACAUAUUCUUGGUUUUAUUAGCAAUUCUUUACGAAAUGGAGUCACCUCAACAGUCAACACUAAAGCACAUUGAAUAUGUGGUAUGCCUACAUUACAAAGUUUCGCUAGUAUUUUGAAUCUUCUCAAAAAGAAAAUCGAUGAUUCCGCAACUUCACAGCCUUAAUGCUUCAUAAUACUAGUUUACAUUAUCGUUAGAGUUUUUGGAUUAAGACUUCAGCAACUAGUUUAAUAUAGUUUGAUCUGUCAGUUUAUAUGACAGAUGACAUUUCUUAUUGAAGAAUAAGAUUUAGAAUUAACCUUCGCAGUGAUUGUUUUAUUGUGCUCCUGUUAACGAUAUGCCACUCAUCCGUAAACAUUGAGGUAGAUAGAAAUUUUGUAUUGAAUUGGAAAAAUGUGGUCAGCUGACAAGUGAGUUGAUAGUUUUAGUAAGAGACAAAUUCUAGUAGUAGUAAGGAUUGUGUCAGGUAACGCAAAAAUGAAAUAGCUCAUUCAAGAGUUUGAUGGAUAGGGAAGUCAUUCGUUCAUCAUUGUUUAGACUUACUUCGUAAUGUAGAUCUACGAGCUACUGUCGGAAAAAGUAGAUUGAUUGGGUCUUAUCGCGUCGUAAUGUCUGGGGAGCGGCCUUAUGAUCGCUUUCUUGGGUCUGACCAAUUGCCAAGAGACCGGCAACCUGGUUAGUGAUAGACGCACUGACCAACUAUUGAAAUGGCGCUUCGUGGUC